AUGAGCUCUCGAACAAGUCUACGCUCAAUCCUGCGCGGUUGGUUUGCGUCGGAUAAGUAUUCUGACUCUGAAUCAGAACCUGACGUCCGUAUAGAAUCAGUGAGAGGAGAGUGUCCUCUACCAGACCGAAAUCGAGGGCGACACAAAAGGGAAAGGAAGAAUCCAUUUGGGUUACCCAAGAAGCGAACUUAUUGCAGCCAUUGCCACGGUACUAAUGGUUACGGAGACAAUGAUUUUUCUAGGGGAGAACGUGAGGCAAAAAGGAAAAAGAGUCACAAGGAUCAACACGCGUCAGGCGGGCAGCAGCAUCGUCUUAGUGAGCAACUGAAGCCUCUGCCUGUGGCUCCACGUCAACGUCCCCCACAAGCAAGAGGCCAACGGCGGACUCCAUCAGAGGAUACAUCCCUGCAAAGGGAGGGCCACAAUCAGAAACAUAAACGCAGCAAUGCUGUUGAUACCCGACCAAACGCGUCAAAGCAGCUGAACCAGAAGAAGCAUGGUAUACAUACUCUCUACCAACAGGAUCAGGAUCAGGAUCAGGACCAGGGGAGCAACGAAGCCAUCUUCCUCUCCGACGACCGCUCAAUGAACCGCGAGGCCGUGUCAGAGGUAGUCGACAUGAUAGCACAGCGCUUCAGCCACAUCCCCUACGCCGUUAGCGGUCUCGCGGCCAUGGUCUACUACGGCUACGAGGCGAGGCCGUACAGAGUGAGCAUCGUGUGUCCUGAGCACACGCACGAGAACCAAAAGUGCUGGGCCAAGGCGCAGGGCAUGAUCCCCAUCCCGCGGCAGCGACACGUCUGGGGCGUCGCGACCUCGGACGGCAUCAUCCAGCAGAUCCGCGUGAGGUUUCCCUACGAUUUCAACGAGAUGCAUGCCCUAAAAAUAGGCACCGCCGGCAGCAACCCCGUCUCCAUGUUGUCGCUAGCGGGGCUGGCUGAUGAGCUUGCGAGGACCUAUGUUAAUGAGCUCAAGCACUCGGACCGCGACAGGCAGGAGAAUCUGGCCCACGAGAUGAUCUGGAUCCUCAAGAGAAUCAUCCAGUGCAGAUUGCCUGAGCAUGCGCUGCGCCCUGAGAGGAUACCUCACCUGACCAGGGAGACCUUCUGGCUGCCCUUCACACUAUCUUAUCCAGAAUCGGUGCCUCUAUUUGCAAAGGCCGGAUGGAGCAUUCCCAACGAGGGAUGGUAUUAA